AUGAUAACGAUUCAGAGUACUACUACUAGACGUCGGUCGUCAGUGCACAAGAACCUGUUUGAUCCUAAGCUAUAUCGCCCUAUUGAACCUGAACUUGCAAAACCGGAGAAGGGAAAGAAGUACAGUAAACCUACAUUCAAGAGAACUAGAACCACAAUUUCUGGUGUAGCUGCACGAUUACAAGGUAGGUUUGUGGAAUUGUUUCCCAAAAGCGUUCAAGAUUAUCUCCCUGAGGUCGAUAUCAAGGUGAUCGCCAUUUGCUUAAUUUGGUACGUGACUUCUUCGAUCUCUAGUAAUGUAUCGAAAGCUAUCCUUCGAGAUUUUACGCAUCCCGUAGCUUUAACGGAGCUGCAAUUUAUGGUUAGCGCAUUACUUUGUGUUUCAUUUAUCGCAACCGUAAACUUUUUACGAAUACCAUCUGUCUCGCACUCACCGAUUGCGAAGGCUUUCGACAGUUUCCCAGACGGUAUUUUACCAACGUAUUUGAAUGGUGAUUUCAAGGAAUCCAUUCUGGGUAAGUUCCUGAGACCCAGCAGGCUGAUUUUCCUGGCUACUUUCCCAAUGGGUAUUUUCCAAUUCGUGGGGCACAUUACUUCCCAUAAGGCUACUUCUUUGAUACCAGUGUCCCUCGUCCAUUCUAUCAAGGCUCUUUCACCGAUUGUUACUGUUACUUAUUAUAGAAUUUUCGAAGGUAAGAAAUACAAUGCAAUGACGUAUUUGACAUUAGUUCCUUUAAUUUUGGGUGUCAUUAUCACCUGUUGGUCCACUCACGGUAGCAAGAAGCCCAACUCACCUGAUGACAGCUUGUCGAUGACAUCAGGACUCUUCUAUGCUUCGGUUUCAAUGUUCAUAUUUGUUUCACAGAAUAUCUUUGCGAAGAAUAUUUUAACAGUGAGAUGCAAGAAGGGUAUUUUACCAUCUGCAACAGCAUCACCUAAGUUAAAUCAACCAGAUGUUUCAACAUUGCAAAUAGACAAAAUUACUAUUCUGUUCUAUUGUUCAUGCAUGGGGUUCUUAAUGACCCUCCCACCAUUCCUAACCGGAGAACUGAUCCAGCAUCAAAGUGUAUUUAGAGGCCUAACCUGGAAAGUUUCAGCUCUAAUUCUAUUCCACGGUGUUACCCAUUUCUUCCAAGCUCUUCUAGCAUUCCAGCUGAUCGGUAUGCUUUCUUCCGUUAAUUACUCCGUUGCGAACAUUAUGAAGCGGAUCGUUAUUAUUUCUGUUGCUCUAGCCUGGGAAUCGGGUUUCGAUUUUGUCCAAUUGAUUGGCUUAUUGAUGACACUAGGUGGCUUAUACGGUUAUGAUAAAUGGGGCAUUUCAAGAAAAACUGACAAGCAAUUCAGCAAUUUGUAA